AAAAAAAUGUAAGAGAUAUUUUAGGGUCAUGGUGAUAAAUCUAUUAAAUUUUAUUAGGAAAUGACAUAAAAUUAAGCUUAAAUAGCAUGGGAAGUUAAAAGAAAAUUGUCUAAAAAAUGUGCUUUCACUUUAAAUAAAUUGAAAGUUCCUGUCAGAAGUUCAAAGUGCAAGACAUUAAAAUGUGUUUAUGAAUUAGAAGUUAUCCAAUAACUUUUAAAUAAUUAGGAAUAGUAAAAUAAAAAUGACCCAUUUCAAUGCAUCUAAUGUGGUGUUUAACUUAAUAGAUCAGAUUUAUUUUUUGAUUCAGAAUUAAAUAAAGCUUUAAAGCUUCCAGGAGUCUGUUUUUUAAAAAAUAUCAAUCAAGCCCAACCUUCAUAAAAUUAAACUUAUCUAAUAGUGAAUAAAUAAGAUUAAUAAGCAAAAUAAUCUGUAGAUGUGUUAGAUGAAAAAUAAUACUAUCUAAUUGAAAAUUAGGAAAAUCUAUAACUCUUAUAAAUUUUAGCAUUAAACAUCUAUAAAUAGAGAAUGGAAACCCUUUAGUGUCUAAGUAAAUAAGACAGAGAAUUAAAUUUAUAAAAGUUUGCUCAAGAUGAGCUUAGUAAAGAAAAAUCCAAAAAUUAUUGA